AUGAGCUACGCGUUCCGUCGCGUAUGCCUGCAACUGCCUGCUAAUAUCAGCACCAAACAUGGACUGAUGUGUCAAGCUUUCCGCCCAGCCGGAAUCGGCAUCAGCACGCGAAUCCCAGCUACAGGGCGCAUGUUCGGCAACUCAACGGUACACCGAGCCGACGUCGAGGAUGCCAAGGCUAAGAAGACAAGUCGUGAGGAUAUGGAAAAGGAGGAGUUGAAGGGGCAGGAAGAACGCGACGAACAGUUUGCUCUGAAGAAGCAGAAGGAGCGUCCGUGGCAUCGUAUAGGCCACGAGGUCGAGCAGCGAGUGUCGUCCAAAGAUCCCACUAAUGGUGAUAAGACCCGCGGACGAUUGCUCACGACCCCGACGCGGCUUCUAAAGCUUAUUCUGCCACUCCCUUUUUACGCCGAACAGAAUAGAAGCAAGCAGUCUCCCGAGAAGGACGACGAAAAGGAGGAGAUUGCUCCUCUUGCGCUCCUUGUCCAUCCCCAACAGCCACUUUCCUAUCUCGAAAGGUUACUUCAGGCGGAAAUCCCGCCCAUUGACGACGGCAAGCGGGAGAGAAUUCCUAGGAUAUACUUCAGGGCAGAGGCGGACCACAAAGAGACCAAGCAAGAUGAAGCUGCCACCAAGAAACAAGAAGGCAACGUAGCCUCAUACUCGGGCCUUGGUCACGAAGGCCCCAAGAAAGACCACGACGAAACCAACUGGGUCCGUUGGAGCAGCAGCACGGAGGUUGGCGAUUUCAUCCGGGACGCUGCUCGUGGACGUGAAUUUGCCAUCGGCAUCGAGGGCUAUGACCAGGAGCUACGCGUAGCAGUACCGAGCUUCAAUGACCGGACGUACUACAUGAGAAUUAGGCUGCGCAAGAUGUCACGCAGGAUCGAGGAGCUGGCGAAACUCAAGCAAGAGUGCGACACACUGGCUCACCGCGGCGCUCAUCGCCUCGCGCAAGGCGGAUUCGGAGUGCUCCUAGGGUGGUGGGGAGUGGUGUACUAUGUCACUUUCCACACAGAUUUUGGCUGGGACCUCGUCGAGCCGGUGACAUACCUUGCCGGCCUGACUACCAUCAUGGGCGGCUAUCUUUGGUUUCUUUACAUCUCUAGGGACCUCAGCUACAAGGCAGCGCUUAAUGUGACGGUGUCAAGACGACAGCAAGCGCUGUACCAUGCACGUGGGUUUGACCCCCAGAUUUGGGAGCAACUUGUCCAAGAGGCCAACUCUUUGCGACGCGAAAUCAAGCUAGUGGCAACCGAGUACGAUGUCGACUGGGAUGAGACCAAAGACCUCGGUGGCGAGGAGGUACAGGAAGUACUGGAUAAGGAGAAGAAAAACAACCAACGUAAGAGGAGCGAUGAAGACGAAGAAGACGACGACGAUCGCGCGAAACGCGAACGUAAGGACAAGAAACAACCGAAGAAAGGUCCGGAGGGCGAUGAGAGCAAGAAGGCGUCAUAG